AAUGCUAGCAAGAGCAAGGCUAUAAUAUUCCAACUACAUUCCAGAACUCAAGCAACCUCAUCCUCUCUUCUGAAAUAUGGCACUGAUAUUAUUCAAUAUGUUGAAAAUGUAAAAACUCUUGGUGUAUUUUUUUCUUAUAACAUGUCUUGGAACGACCAUAUUAGACACGUUCGCACUAAACUUUCUAGAAUAGUGGGUGUGUUAAAUAAAUAUAGAAACAUUUUACCCACAAGUGUCAAAAUUCAACUUUUUAAAUCACUAUUCUAUCCCAUCUUAUGCUACGCGCACCUAGUGUGGGGGUCUACCGGCACAACGAACUUAAACUUGCUUCGAAUAUUGCAAAAAAAAGCUCUACGAGCCAUAGCUAAUGUCUCUUCAACCUCUCCAUCCUUGCCACUGUUUGAGAAGUACUCCAUACUUGACGUUUCAAAAAUGUAUCCACAACGAUUAAUAUUAACAUUCCAGUCUGCCAUGAAAGGUAAAUAUGAUACUUUUCUCGCUAUUGCGGACCUUCAUUUGCACGAUUCCAUUCGUCAAACACGUCAGAUACAUCCAUGGCAUAUACAACAAUCACGAACUAACUUUGGACGUCAAAGAAUUAAACAUGCACUUCCCGAGCUACUAAAUCAUAUCGCAUCAUUAGGAUUUGAUGUUAUGUCAGUGGGCAGAGAUGAUAUCUCUUGCAUUGUAUAA